UCAAUUUUGGCUCCCAAUCAACACCUGCUAUCUUAUAUUUGAGUUUAAAAUAUUUUACAACAAUUUUUGAAUUAUGAAAUUUUCAAAAUAUAGUUUGCUACUUUUUGUUAAUUUAUAUUUAUUCAUACGCGACACUACUAACACUACUGCGCUGCGGCGUGACUGUUUGUCACUAGUUGUAAACAAGAUGGCAGGCGUGAAUGAAACGCGGAAAAGAUAAUCUGGCUAUGUCGACGUGAUAGUUAAAGAGUUAGAAGUCGUGCGGACUGCAACGUGUGUGGUUUGCUGUGUCGUCAAGAACUUGCGGGCCGCUCGUGGUCAUUCUGUUCGGCACAUUGUAGAGCUUCACGCGGCUCUCUGCGAGGCUCGGGCGCGACCUCAUUCGGAGCUUGUCGCCUGCAGAAAUGACGGCCCCGGCGAAGCCUUGGGAAACAAGCGCCGCAGGUCGACCGCCUGUACCGACCGCCGGCCACGUGAACAGCUCUUCCUUGGAUGACAACCUUGCGAGUAGCAGUGGGCUGCCAAAUGGACCCGUGGGCCAGCCCCACGCAAAUCACCAGCCUCCAGCUGUACCUCCAAGGCCGAGCCAACAGCCAAUCUCUGGAUAUGGUUAUGGCUAUGGAUCAGCCAUUUCCCCAUAUUACUCCCGAUAUGGAUAUGGAGCUGGCACAUAUGGAACCGGUGCAUACGGUUACGGUAGCGGCUUAUACGGGACUGGUGGGCUCUAUGGGACCAGCGGCCUGUAUGGUAUGGGUGGAAUGUAUGGAGCAGGUGGUUCCUAUGGUGCCGGUCCUUUGCAACAGUUGGCUGAUGAAAGCACCCGAGGCGCAUUUCACUCGGUCGAGGCAGUGGUCCAGGCAUUUGCCUCCGUGAGCAUGCUGCUGGAGUCGACGUACCAGGCCCUUUACAGCUCGUUCCGCGCGGUGGUCGGCGUCGCGGAUCAGUUUGGUCGACUGAAGCUGCACUUGGCACAAACAUUGUCAGCACUUGCCCUGGUCCGCUCCCUUCGAUGGCUCUUUCUACGGGCGUGGUACAUGUUGCGAGGCCGCAAUGGCAUGACCGAGGCUGCCUGGAGUCAAGCAGCGAGGGCAGGCCCAGCGGUACCCUCCACAGGCCCACCUCGACCGGGUGGCUCCUCUUGGCCCAUUGUGGCUUUCUUUGGCUUUGUUGUAGGUGCACCCUGGCUCUUGUGGAGGAUCUUCAGUGCAGCUGCUCAUAGGAAGGUACUGUGGGCCUCUGGUGAGGAAGAACACCACGUAGCUGUUGCACUGUACGAUUUCCAGCCCGAGGCACCGAGCGAGAUAGCAAUGAAGGCCGGCCAAGAGCUGCGCCUUGCGCCAAAAGAGCUGCAGCCUAGAGUGCGGGGUUGGCUCCUGGCCAGCUUGGACGAUGGUCGCCAAGUAGGACUGGUGCCGGCAAACUACAUCAAGGUGCUUGGUGUGCGGCCGCCCAAGAAGGGUGCUUCCACAGAAACUGCACCAGCACCACUCUGAAUCGCUGCUUAGCCUUAUUGUCGCUUUGUAUAUAGUGUAUGGAUGCUGUAACAUUAAAGGGGUACUGACAAGA